AAAGGGUUGGAGAAAGAGGGGUGUACAUGGUUAUGGCGAUAAAAGGGGGUGUACAGUGAUGGGUGUUCAGAUCGAGGUUGGGAAGCAGAAAGGCGGUGCGACAGCUGGCGAGAGAGGCAUGCAGGAAGGAGGGUGAUGGACCAGGUACUGCAGAACGUCCCCUGCGCCUUGUGUUGCAUCGACGACGUAGUGAUCCAUAGCAAAGACGGGGAGCAGCACGUAAAGGACGUAGCUAAGACGCUGGAGGCCUUGCAGGAGGCCGGAUUGACAUGCCAUCCGGGGAAAUGCUCUUUCGAAGUGACAACCGUGGCGUACCUGGGCUUUCAGGUGGGAGAAGGAGGACUAUCGGUCCAGCAGGCCAAGGUAGAAGUCGUGGAUCGCCUGAAGGCCCCCUAUGACCGUAGCACUCUUCGGGCACAGUUGGGGUUUCUCAACUAUUACCGAAAGUUUGUCCCGAACUUUAGUAAGACGGCGAAGCCACUCAAUAUGCUGCUGAGAGAAGAUACGGCAUGGAGUUGGGGGAGAGAGCAGGAGGAGGCGUGGCAGACACUGAAGGAGGCUGUGAAAACGACCCCCAUGCUGAAGCUGCCCGAUCCCGAGGAACCGUUUUUGCUGUACACGGACUGGAGCAGUAGCGGCAUGGGGGCGGUGCUGUGCCAGAGGGAGAAGGGGACAGAGAGGGUGGUGGCUUACGCCAGCCGGUCAUGCAGGCCAGCGGAGAGUAACUACAGUUCAUACGAGGGAGAAGGGCUGGCGGCGGUAUGGGCGGUGGAGCUGUUUCGAUCAUAUCUGCAGGGGCGAAGAUUCACCCUAGUAACUGACCAUCAGCCAUUGCUCUGGCUCAUGCGGAACCAAACCCUGAAGGGCAGGAAUGCGCUUUGGGCGAUGCGCUUCCAGGAGUUCGACUUCGAGAUAAAGCAUAGGCCAGGCAAAACCUUGCAGCACGUGGAUGGGCUGUCGCGGCAAGACAAAGGGGAAGGGGAAAAGAGGCAGCCGACGGCCGAGAUCAGUCUGGCCCACAUGGCAGUAGCUGUGGAAAAGCUGUCGCACGAAUUGACAUAACGAAUGUGUUAUGAAAAUCCGUGGGACAACUCGGGAAGUUUAAGCAAAAAGGGUUGGAGAAAGAGGGGUGUACAUGGUUAUGGCGAUAAAAGGGGGUGUACAGU